AUGGAGAAGGACAACCAGACAUGUGUGACUGAGAUAGAGUUGCUGGGAUUCUCCGAUUUCCAAUCACUGCAAGUCCUACCCUUUGUGCUGGUGUUCACCUUCUAUGUGAUGGCCCUGGUAGGGAACACUCUAAUUGUUAUCAUCACAGUCACAGACUCUACCCUUCAAACCCCUAUGUAUUUCUUCCUCAGGAAUUUAUCCUUCCUGGAGAUCUGCUACACCUCGGUCACCCUGCCCAAGAUGCUGGUCAACCUGAUCUCGGAGACCCAGACUAUCUCCUUUGUAGGUUGCGGUGUUCAGAUGUGUUUCUUUGCUCUCUUUGGCAUCACUGAGUGCUGCCUCCUCUCCGUCAUGGCAUAUGACCGGUACGUGGCCAUAUGCCACCCCCUGCAAUAUACCCUCAGCAUGAACCAGAUAUUUUGUGCUCGGAUGGCAGCCGGUUCCUGGAUCAUUGGUAUCCUGCCUCAUCAUCUCCACCAUCCUGAAGAUGCCCUCAGCUGAAGGCAGACAUAAAGCCUUCUCCACCUGCUCCUCACACCUCAUUGUGGUUUCUCUCUUCUACGGGACUGCAACACUUAUUUAUAUGCAGC